AUGAAUCCGCCGGCUUUGGCCGCUAAAAAUGGUGAAUCAACGUCGGUUCACAGUUUCCAAUCCACUACUGAACAAUGUGAACCCUCAAUUUUUAAAAAACUAAGUACUAGUGAACUGUUAAAGCAUCUUUUAAAUGCGCGAUUAUCACAAGAGAAAAGUUCCGAAUGCGAUACGGCCGAGAAGCGUGAGUCAUCUGAAGAGACUGUGCAAGAAUCUAUGACUAAACAUACUUUUUAUUCGGCUUUUGAUACAUUUUCUGUCGGUAAUGUGAGUAGUCACGUAAGAAGUGAAUUCAGUGUGAAUUUAUCUUCUAAUCACUACACUAAACAUGGAACAAUGGACACAGAAUGUGGUAAAAGUGACGACAAUAACCAAAGUCGCCUGGAUAAACCAGAAGUACAAAAUUUUAAACCCGAAACUGACCAAGACUGUGAUGAAGAAAGUUCCUGUUCCUUGGAUUUCAUUCUGCGGAUCAAAUCUCCAUUUGAUGGAGAAAAGGAACUUAAAUGCGGGAACAAUAACCAAAAAUGUAGUGAAAAAGUUUUUAGUGAAUCUAGUGACAAUAAAUUGGAUAUUCAAGAACAAUCUGAGAAUAUUGUUACUCCGGGUAGUUCAGUGUCCGACGUUGAAACUUUAAAUAAAGAAUCUACAGAAGAUGGUGAUAAACCAACAAAUGAUGUAGAUGAAAUGGUGUUAGUUCCUACUGAUCCUUUUGAAUGGACCACCACCCACAUAAAGUCAUGGUUGGAAUGGUGUACUAGGAAAUUUUCUUUACAUCCGAAACCGGACCCACAAAGGUUUCCCGGAACUGGUCCCGAAGUCUGUGAUUUAAGUAGAAGUGAGUUCGAAGAUAGGGCUGCUAGCUCAAGAUCAGGAAAAAUUCUUGCCAAAUAUAUAGCACAUCUUCGUCAUAGUGUAACGGGUCGAGCCAGCAGUCCAUUAAAUGUGGAAUGUAAAGAAUUUGAAGAUGAUACGGACGAAGACGAACAAGAUCCUUAUCAUCUUUUGAAUGCGGCGACGAGUCGAUUGGUGGCGCAAGGCUCCGGCCAGAUCCAACUAUGGCAAUUUCUGCUCGAGCUGCUCAACGAUUCGUCGAAUUCCGCGUGCAUCACGUGGGAAGGCACCAAUGGCGAAUUCAAGCUCACCGAUCCCGACGAGGUGGCGCGACGAUGGGGAGAAAGGAAAUCCAAGCCGAAUAUGAACUAUGAUAAACUCAGUAGAGCUCUUAGGUAUUACUACGAUAAGAACAUUAUGUCCAAAGUUCACGGCAAACGAUAUGCCUAUAAAUUCGACUUCCAGGGGCUGAUGGCGGCGUGCCAAGCUCAAGCGCAGGGACAAGGAGACGUCCUACCAACCUACCAAAAGUACCAACCACACCAAAGUGAAUUAGGAGCUGCUCUCUAUCCUACAGGGCAUGCUGUUAAUCAUAGGUUACCAAAUAUCCUACCAGGAACUACGCAACAUUCCCAAACAGCGCUUUUCCCACCUCCUACCUAUUGGCCGUAUUCUCCCGCAAACUUUGAUCCAAGGGGUGCUCCUUUUAAUUGAAAAUUAUUGUAUAGUGUCGUUAUUUCAUAUUUGCUUUGAAUGCACUUUCGUAAUGUGGAUACCAGAAACUGAUAUGUAAAGAUGAAAAUGUAAUAAUAAUUUUUAAUAUACCUACCUAUUUAAUUCUAUAAGCAAUCGAUAAAAGGUUGUCUAUAAAGGGAGUUCAUUUUUUUGCUGAACUGGAAUCAGUUCAGGAUGUACUUUGUAUC